UGUAGACUUUUGUCGUAGAGUGUUUCUCCACAAGUCUCCACUUUCUUUUCGGUGUAAAAAACUAAGCUAGUAACAUCAUGGGUCGUAUGCACGCUCCUGGCAAGGGUAUCUCCCAAUCAGCCCUCCCCUACAGACGCACAGUGCCAUCUUGGCUGAAGCUGAACGCUGAGGAUGUGAAGGAUCAGAUCAAGAAGCUGGGCAAGAAGGGCCUGACACCCUCCAAAAUCGGCAUUAUCCUGCGUGAUUCGCACGGUGUGGCUCAGGUGCGUUUUGUUAAUGGCAACAAAAUUCUGCGCAUCAUGAAAUCGGUUGGCCUCAAGCCCGACAUCCCCGAGGAUCUUUACCACAUGAUCAAGAAGGCUGUCGCCAUCCGCAAGCAUUUGGAGCGCAGUCGCAAGGAUAAGGACGGCAAAUUCCGUUUGAUUCUGGUCGAGUCCAGAAUUCACCGUCUGGCCCGCUACUACAAGACAAAGAGCGUCCUCGCUCCCAACUGGAAGUACGAGUCGAGCACAGCUUCUGCUCUUGUUGCCUAAGUUUUCAAUAAUGUGAGUGUGAGUGCAUACAUUUUUAUGUACAAAUCGAACACAAAAGAAUAAUAAAACUAUAAUUUUGAAAAACAAAAAUA